AUGGCGGCAAGCAAAGAAGCCGGUUCUCCACUGAGGCUGCCUCUCUCGGACAAGGAUCUUGACCUCAAGGCAGCAAACAAGAUCCUGGCCAGCGCGCAGACCCGCGAGAAGUUCUUAAAAAUCGUGCAGUAUGCCUCCAAGCUCUUUUCCUACGCACUGCUCCGCUCUGCCUACAAAGACUUGGGCAAGCACUUGGAGGCUCUCUCCAAGAGCCUCUCAACAGCUCGACGAUUCUUCAAGUUCUUCAGGUUCAUGAAGCAUUUCGAGGAUGUUGCAGAAGCAAGAGCGGAAGAGAGUCCCACAUUUCGGUCCUUGCUCUUCAUUGACAUCCUUGCGAAUCUUGUGGCAGACAUCUCCGAGGACUGGACCUCACUUGAGAAGGUGGGUAUUUUACGGAAGGGAACGCUGCACCCUCGCACCGAGUACUAUGCAAACUGGUGUCAGCUGGUCCUUGCGGUCGUGGAGAUUAUGGUGAGCAAGGUGAAAGCAGACCGGGCAAGCGAGAAGGCCAAGGUGCCAGGGAGCACGGUGCCGGAUCAGCGGAAAUCGCUUCUGGCUCGCCUGGAGUUCAGCAAAUUCCUCGCGGACCUCCUCAAGGCCUUCUGGGACUGCGAGCUCCCCUUCGCGUCGGAGUUGGCGUUUUGCCUUGCAGGGCUCUGGGCCGCGCUGGUGAGCACGCACAAGUACGCGCUGCGAGCCCUGAAGUGA